UAAAAAAUAAAACUUGUGAUAUUCUUGUGCUUUUUAUAUUAAAAAAAUUACUGUUACAAAAAAAAAAAAAAAAUUAACUAAUAAUUUCAUUAAUUUUGUUUAUACUUAUGUGCUGAUAAAAUAAUUAUUGAUUUAAAGAAUUUGUCAAGGAAAAAAUGUAAUCUAAAAUGUGGAAUUGAAUGAGAAUAACUCAAAACCAAUAUGGGAGAAAGUGACAACGAAGACAAGAAGGCCAAUAAAAAUGGUACAACUGAUACUAAAACUACAGCCAAAAAGCAAGAAAAUGAUCACUCCGAUGUGGAAAGUAGAAACGGCGAACAUGAUAAGUCGGACAAACAAACAAAACCGAUUUACGCGCAAACAUCUAAAGAUGAUGUCAAUACUAAAGCCAACAGCGAUUCGAAAGAGUCGACUUCGGCAAAGCAAACGCUUAAUGCCACCACCCAUCAUCCGAAUAUUGCAACAUCAAAGGACUCAUUAAAAAGCAAAGAACCCAUUCGUGUUGGUUUCUAUGAUAUCGAAAGAACCAUUGGAAAAGGAAAUUUUGCCGUGGUCAAAUUGGCACGACAUCGAAUAACUAAAAAUGAGGUUGCUAUAAAAAUUAUUGAUAAAUCGCAGUUGGAUACAACCAAUUUGCAAAAAGUUUAUCGUGAAGUGGAAAUUAUGAAACGUCUAAACCAUCCCCAUAUCAUUAAGUUGUAUCAGGUGAUGGAAACUAAAAAUAUGAUUUAUAUUGUUUCGGAGUACGCAAGUCAAGGGGAAAUAUUUGAUUACAUUGCCAAAUAUGGUCGAAUGUCGGAGACUGCAGCACGUUUUAAAUUCUGGCAAAUAUUGUCAGCUGUGGAUUAUUGUCACAAAAAAGGAAUUGUCCACAGAGAUCUUAAGGCUGAAAAUCUACUUUUGGACAAUAAUAUGAAUAUAAAAAUAGCUGAUUUUGGAUUUUCGAAUCAUUUUAAAGUAGGAGAACUACUUGCCACAUGGUGUGGCUCACCGCCAUAUGCAGCACCCGAAGUUUUCGAAGGAAAGCAAUAUACUGGACCAGAAAUUGAUAUAUGGUCACUUGGUGUUGUACUAUAUGUUUUGGUAUGUGGAGCACUGCCAUUUGAUGGUUCUACAUUGCAAAGUCUUAGGGACCGUGUACUCUCUGGACGUUUUCGUAUACCAUUCUUUAUGUCUUCAGAGUGCGAACAUUUAAUAAGACGUAUGCUAGUGUUAGAGCCAUCUCGACGAUAUACCAUCGAACAAAUUAAACUUCAUCGCUGGAUGUGUCCAGAAAUUUUAGAACUAUCAAAUAUAGCGAAAUUCAACGUUAAUAUGGAUGGUACCACAAAUAUCGCACCCAACGAGGACAUAAUGCGCAUAAUGUCCGAAUUUGCUGGUAUACCACCGGAAAAGACCAGAGCCAGUCUAAAGAAGAACAGUUACGAUCAUGUAGCAGCUAUUUAUCUUCUCUUGCAAGAUCGGGUUUAUAACAAAAAGAUGGCACAAGAAAAACAACAAAUGUGUGGUGGAAGUGUUGGUCUAAAUAAUACCACCAGUAAUGCCACUAUUGCAUCAUCGUCAUCACUGCCAAAAUACGCUGGUGGAAGUAAACAGCAUGCCCUAUCAACAUUAUCCACGCUUUCGUCAGCCUCUGCAACAACCCAGUAUUCGUCCAAAAUAUUGUACAAACACAAUAGCAAGACAUCGGCAGCAACAGAUCAUCAUCAACAAAGGUUGAAGGCGAAUCAUGUACUACAUGAGGAUCAGGUUAGCAAUAAUCUGCACUUGAUAAAGGAACAUUAUAGCCUAUUGUCGAAACUUAGUCGACAGACCUUGUUGAGUGAGCGAUCGGCUCCGGUAACAGGAACACCUGAACAUUUGCUGCAGUCCAAAAUGGUCGAUAAUCAUCUGAGAUAUCAUUCGGAAAAAAGUAGUGGGCGUACAUCGCGCCAGGACUUGGGCAACAGCCAUCGCCCAAUAGGUUGUUCAUCAUACAGUAUAGACAAUAAUAAACAUUCCAUUACCAAUCUAAACAGUCGCGAUGUAUUGGCUUCGAAUCAGCGUUUAAAUGGUGGGCCACCGGUGCGUGUUAUUGACGAACGUUCUAUACGUGAACGUAUGUUUAGUGGAGCUGGUGGUGCUCAUUUCAAUAUUGAAGAAAGUAUCCUAAAACAGAGUUCAGAAGACUGUAGGCUUUUAUUGCAAAAGGCCACUGCCAUAUCAGAAUCCAAGAACAAUAAACACCAACAAAAACCAAAAACGACUGAGGAUAAACAAAUGUCCGAUACAAAACUCAACGAAUCCAAGCCCUUAUCUAGCUCAACUAGUUUCGAUUCAUCCGCAGUUUUAGAUCAAAGUCUAAGUUUUCGCUACAAAAUGUCUGCCGAGGCCACAAAACUGUUUCAAACUCUACAAGAAAGUCCUCUGCCAGUGGAGGAAUCCGAUGGCAAAGAAAUUACCAAAACUAAAUCAAAUAUUACUCUCAACUCGAAUAGUGAUCACAAGUCAAAUAUGUCGGGCAAAACUCAAUUACAAAAUAAUGCGGAAAAUUACUCUGGUACAAAUGGCAAUGAUAGAUCUACAACGAAAGUUACAUCGAAGAAAGUUUCUGCUCAAUGUAGUUCAAGUACAGAUGAAGGUUGUGAAACUGAUAUGGGAGGUACAAGUGAUACAAAAGAUACUUCGCAAUCCUCGAUCGAUUUAAGAAAUCAACGAAUACAAUCAUAUGCUAGUAGCAGCUCUUCGAGUGGUGUCAUUGGCAGUUAUUCGAAAAGUCUUAGUCAAAAUUUAAGUAGAGGAUCUUCGAAAAGUAAUUGUUCGACAUUUGAGAGUAUUGAUUUCAAUUUAGUUACAAGCAUUGAUCUAGCCGGUAGUCUACCUUCGUGUGCUAGUAACUCCACACUUGCAGCUUCGGCUUCCGGUGCUGCUAAUGCUGCCGGAAGUGGUAGUGUCAAUUCGGAACAUUCAUCGGAACGUUCAUUUUAUAAUAGCAAUAAUUCAUGUGUAUAUAUGCCACCUGUAACAAGUACAUCGUCAAUGUUGUCCACUAAAUCGACUCCCUAUACCGAUAAACGUUCGCCGAUACAUUUUAGGGAAGGACGUCGUGCUAGUGAUGGCUUAGUAGCCCAAGGCAUUGUAAGUGCUGCAGGUCCUCUACACAAUGGGACAGCAUAUGGUAGUUAUCGCUACGACACCCAUAAACGCAAUGGUUGGCUCGAACUACAACAAUUGCAAAGGGAAGCUCACACCCUUAAAUCUAAGUACAGAUCAAAUAUGCCAUUGGAUGAAUUUAACAAUUGUCAAUUUCAACAUAGUCAAUUCUAUACACUGUCAAACAGAAUACCUGUGGAAUUUCAUCAGCCAUAUGCGCCGCAUUUGGUGCGUGCUAUGGAAAAUAUGGAGAAUUUUCCGGACAAAAAUGGUACAAUACAUCCGUCAUUGUAUCAUUACUUGCGUUUGGAUGCAGCCAAUGCCACAUAUGCUGGCAGUAUGCCUAGAGCUCAUCAUGAAGGUUUACUCUAUAGUCAGCUGAAUGCAGCUGCCAUGUUGCCCAUGCAAAAACCACCCCUGCAGCAACAACUACUUCAGCAUAGAUUGCUGCAACAAAAACGGCAGCUAUUUCAAAAACAAUAUGCUUUGGAGUCGCAUCUUGCGCGACCACAUCACAUGCUUAGGGAGCAUGGCUACAAGUUAAGUCCUCAUCCACAUGCUGUGCCUAUAACACCGACAUCUACACCACCGCCUCAAACCAUGCCACAUCCCGAUGAACUAAUGGAGUUGCAUAUGCUUGAACGCAGUGGCAAAUUGCAUCACAACUCAUUGGCACCAUUAGCAGCUUACUCCAACAAUCAUCAUGCCGCCAUUAAUAAUCAUUACAUGAAAACAACAUACAUUAAACAGCAAUCGGCCGAUGUGGCUGUGCUACCCAUGACCCGAAGCAGAAGUCCUAAUAUAAGUCGACAUGCUUCGGAAACUUGGAAUUCCUUAAGUGCAGCGACCAUAGUGCACAAGAAAAUGUCGCCGGUGAAACUGGAGAAUGGAACAGCAAAUCGUGGAUCAGCAUCAACGCCAACAUCUGCGCUAGCACCACCACCACCGACACCACAUGCAUACCAUCCAACAUCUUCAUCAAACUCAUUGACAUUAGCCUCAACUCCACCGCCACAUCCUACUUCAUCUCUAACACUCUCAUCACCACCUGCCACACCAUCAACGUCUCUGGCACCAACAGUUUCCUCGCUGUCACUGACAAAGCAAUCAUCUUCCAACUCAUCCUCGUCAUCAUCCUCAUCUUCAUCAUGCACAACAGCAACAAAUUUAUAUACACCGAAUUGGCAGACUGUCAUUAAACCGCUUAGCGAAAGUCCUAUAUUAGAAAUGGCCGAGCACAUGGAAUCCGUUUAAGAGCACAUACCGCAUCCUAUAUACUCUCUAUCUAUCUCGCUCUUUCUUUUUUCUCACCUCCUCAAUUUUUUCCUACUAUACUCCUACUGCAUCGUAAAUCAAUUAUUAAUUUAUUUUAUUUUUUUUUAUAAAGUAAUAUUUAAAUUAUUAAUUAGUUAACAACAACGACAACAACUCUCAAUUAGUGUUUACUCUAGUGUUUUAAAUUUAAUUAUUAAAUUUAAAUUUUUAUUGACAAAUUGUUGGAUAUGAUCACUCACAGAUUGAUGAUCUCUUGUUUGAAAACUAGUUCUUUGUAAAAUUUAUUUGGUGACGUUUAAUUGACAACACUAGUUAGAACACAACAUAAAUUUAUUCAUAAUUGUUUAUGUAUUAUUAUUACUACAACAAUUUACAUUAACUACACAUACAUAUACAAACAAACAUAUAUUAUUCAUAAAAUAAAUAAUAUAUUUACAUAUAAAUACAUAGAUAAAACAAAUAGUCUAAACAUUUUCAUCCAUAAAUUAAUAUAUUAUAUACAUUUGUUAUACAUAUGUAUGUAUAAACUAUAUAUAAAAAUAUAUAACAAAAAUACUGAGAUAAAAUGAUCAGUCAAUAAUAUAAUUUAAUGUACAAUAACAUAUACUUCAUACAGAAAUACUUAUUUAAUCUUAAAGCGAACCGAUUAGAAAUAAUGACUAUACAACACUAACUGCAACAAGAUUAUUGCCACCUGUUGCUGAGUUCUUUUCCGAUCGAGUUAGGAAAUACAUAUUUCCUUUCAUUCCUUUCUUUGGUAAAGUUACUGAAUUUUUGUUCAGAACGAAACGUUGUUUGGUUUUUUAUUUGGAAUUUUACAAUAUUUUGUGAAUCGGAAUCUGAUGAUGGGAAAGUGUUCGAAUAAGCUCGAAAUAAGUAUUUUAUGGAAAGAGUUACAAAUCUCAAAAAUCUAAGUGGAAAUUUCUGAUAUAUAAUUGAACAUUUCUUCAAGUGAAUUAGAAAUAACAGAUAUACAAUUAGAAAUAAUCUUAGUAAAAUUUUUAUUAUGAAAAGUCUAAAAGUAAAGUGGAAAGAAUGAUAAAAAGCAGAUUUUAAAAUUUUCAAUGCAUUUUUAAAAUCAGCAUCAAAUUAGUUUUGUAGAAAUUUGGAUUUUUUGAAUUUGCCCUGGAAUUCAAAAUCGUGAUUUUGAUGUAAAAAUAUUCCAUUACAUUUUACCAUAUUGCUGUCAAAAUAUGGAUUCUGUGACAAAAAUUUGAAAGAUUGUAUGUAAAACUAAGUAGGAAACUUAUAUAGAAGUUAAUAUAUAUUCAGAAUAACACAAUGGCACAAUAGUUGGAUGGGGGCAAGGUCUAAACUAUAAGUUAGGCAAAAUUUUCCAAACACUUUUUUCAAAAAUGUUUUUAACAGUUAUUAUGUGUUAUCAUGAUUAGGCUGUAUAUUGUGGGUUACUGUUAUUGCCCAUAUGAAUUGCCUUGAUGAUCUGACUAGAUAAUAUGUCAUACAUACCAAAUACAGACGUUUUCUUUAGAGCUUUGAUAUCGAUUCGAAUGGUUGAUACAUGCUUUCUCUGGUGGACUAGUAAGAUGUUAG